ACCUGCUGAUAAGUGAGUUUUUCGCAGGGUAAUAUUUCCGUUUCUCAUUCGCAUGCGAUUUUCCAGAGAGACUAUCCAAUGAGAACAGUCUUUGACUUGCAUUGAAGAACUUGCAGGAAACUUUCGGCAAUAAGCUGGAAGGUGGAUGGUGAAUAUCACCAUCGAUCCUAAAAAAACAAACAAACCAUACCGGAAGUCUUGGGCUCCUCCAUGACGUCACAGCAUAACGUGACUAUUUCUUUUUUUGAUGCUCUGUUUACAUCCGUAGAUAAAUAGCUCUUUACUUUGAAUGCGUUCUAUUUUCUGUUGUGUUUUUUUUUUUGUUGUGAAAAUGAGCUCUUCAUAUUUUCAAAUGUUGAAUGAAGAUGCGAAGAAAAAUUACGUAAAUAAAUUAAACUAUAAUGGUAUUCAAUUGCCGGAUCCAUUAGAUGCUGACAUACGAAGCCUGGUUUUCUCCAGCAAAAAUUGGCCAAAUAUAAGUGUUUUUGACAUUUAUUCGUAUUUCGUAGUAAAGCACAAAGUGUAUUCUCAAAUUGCUUUUAAAAGUUUUGAAACUCUUCCAAGUUACAAUUACGUUACGUCCGGAAAAGUUCAUAACGUGAAAUGCUUUCGAAACGAAAUCGGUGUUUGUGUUCUAACAGCAGAUGUUGAAGCGGGUCAGAAAACAAAUAAAAUCCACAUGCCGUGGAUAAUCUCUACACAUGCUGGAGAAAUAAUUUCUGGCCAUUGCACUUGUAUGGCUGGAUUGGGAGAAGCUUGCUCACACGUGGGAGCAACUCUCUUUUUCAUUGAAAAGAGUUUAAAAACAGAUCAGGAAAAGCCUUCAUGCACGUCUGAGCCUUGCAAGUGGAAGAAAACUUCUAAAAAUGUUGAGCCAAUGCCAGUGGCUAACAUUGAUUUUAAGAAGUCAAAAGACAAGAAAACCCCCCAAAAAUCAUCAGAGGUUGUGCCUGUAGCAAGCGAUGUUGCUUUCAAAAGAUUUCUGGAAGACUUGAAGACAGCUUCACCAGCUGCUGCCAUUUUUCAAGUAUUGUCCGAUGAUGAAGAAACUGAAUCGGAAGAGGAAACUAGUAACAUUUCUGUCAUCGAAAGCCCCUGUUCUUUCUCUGACAGAGUUAGAAAAAGAAUGUCAGAAUGCCCUUCAAUGAAAACAGACCCUAGAAAAUGUUUCUAUGAUAUGUGUCGUAUUAGUGACAAUGAGAUGAAAUUUAUAGAAGAUGAAACAAAAUUACAGGGUGAAGUGUGGAAAGCUGAGAGGAUUGGUAGACUUACUGUUUCCAAAUUCGGAAGAAUUUUGAGGAGCAAGAGAAGUGACUUUCUGCUCAUGGACAUCAUGGGCUAUCACCAUGAGAGUGAUAAUGUUGAGUCACUGACUUGGGGUAGAAAGAUGGAGCAGGUUGCGGGAAACAAAUUUUUUGAAAUGGUCAGCCCCAACCAUGUGAAUCUUAUUAUUAGACCAGCUGGUUUAAUUAUUGACCAAGAGGAUAGCUUUUUAGCAGCUACACCUGAUGGCUAUGUUAGUUGCGACUGCCAUCCAGACAGUUUAUUAGAGAUAAAGUGUCCAUACACAUUACGUAAUGCAGCAUUAAAUAGUGUCAAUAUUAAAAAAAUUUUCUUAAAUGACACUGGCAGAUUAAAAGAAGAUCAUGUUUAUUUUGAUCAAGUCCAAGGCCAGAUGGGUAUUUCUGGAUUAAAUAUGUGCUACUUUGUCACAUUCACAACCGUGUCGUUGAAGUAUGAGGAAAUCACUUUCGAUGAACUGAAGUGGUAUGAAAUGAAGGAUAAGCUUAAUAAGUUUUUCUUUGAAAAUAUAAUUCCCGAAAUACUUUACGGUCAUAAACUUAAAGAAAUUGAGGGAGCAAAAAAUGAUUGCAUAUGUAAAGGGUUUAAAAAUGGUGUAACUAUUAAAUGCAUUACGUGUUCUAAAUAUUUUCAUAAAGGAUGUGUAAAAUUACAUCGUAAAGUUUAUUCAUGGACCUGUGAUCAAUGCAAGGUCUAGAUUUAAUUUUUACAAUUUUCUCUGCAAUAUUUAUCAGAAACUACUUAUUUUAUCAUGAUUAUGUAAAGUUUUUUAAUUGUAUGCUUAUUAAGCUUAUCCUUCAUUUUGUACGACUUCAGUUCAUCGAAAGUGAUUUCCUCAUACUUCAAUUACACACUCUUGAAUGUGACAAAGUACAGUAGAGUGCCGAUUAUCGGAAACCCCCCAAUUAUCCAAACUAUGUCCGAAUUAGAUUUUCUUUUUAAGUUAAAUAUGAUAAACGAAAUUUAAAAAGAUAUUUAAGAAUUGAAAAAAAAAACUUCCUGACACGCCAGAGCUGUUUUAGAUAGUACUACUUUAGAUAGUACUCAGAUAGUGUGAAGGGAAGGAAGUGCAUAAAUAAUAAUUUAAACAACUAUCCAAUUAUCAAACCAAGUUCGGUCCCGAGCAGUUCGGAUAAUCGGUGCUCUACUGUAGCUUGUAUUUAGUCCAUUUUUUAGUGCUUAUUUUUUGUUGAAAUAUUGGCUAAGCAACUUGCUAAACUAAAAAAAAGUUUUGUACAGUUCUAAGAAAAAUUAAAUUAUAUGUGCUAUUUAAAAAAUUUAUUGUAUUGUACGUGAAUUUCAAGAGGAAGAAAAAAGUUAUCUUUAGCUGAUGACUGAUUUUAUUUAAUUUGAAAUAUUUUUACUGUUAUACUUUUUUAAUUUUGAUAUUUCUUUUUAAUAUACAGGAUUAUCUCAUACAUAUGGUAAUGGUGUAGCACAAUUUUCCAUUGUUAUCGGUGCAUUUUUAUCAGCUGGAAAAUCACAUAGUAGGAUCCAGUUUCUUCACAUUGAUUUGUAUAUUAUUUUUUGUUAUCAUCCGUCUAAAAUUAAUAAAAGGCAUUGUUUUUAUAUAAAUAUUUUUGUAUCCUUAAUUUAAAGAUAUUUUACUUGUAUUACAUAAAAUUGUAUUUUUCGUUGUUUUCUAACAUUAAGAGAAUUUACUUAAAUUGCUGUCCAAUCUUAUUAAAUAUAUUACAAGUAUUACUUUUUGUGCAAAUUUCUUUAACAUGCUAUUAUAAAUAAAAAAAAAUUAUUACUCACUUAAAUUUUUAUGUCCACUAAUAGAUCUUAAUACUAGGAAAAUAUUUGGAUGUGGAAAGUAGGGUCACAAGCAUAAGCUAACAGAUACUUUUAAGUUUAUAUGAUUUAAGUAAAUAAUUUCAACUUAUGAGAAAAGUUUCUUUUAUGCCAAGAAACAAUUAUUCUGAAGAAAUCAUCAGAGUUGGCAAGCGGUAAGAAACAAGAGAAUUAGCCCCCUAGUCUUUUAUAUAUAAUUUACACUGUUUCAUCAAUCUUAAAGGUAGCUUUGAUGUGUAAGUGUUAAGAAGGAAUUAUUAAAAAUUAGCAGAAUUUUCCACUAAAGAAAUAUAUGCUAUCUAUGUAAAAAAAUUGUCUAGACUUAACCAAUAUUUGUUCAUUUUCCAACCAAAUUGCUUGUUUUAUGUUUUUCGUGCAGAAAUAUUUGUACUUUUCAAUUGCUCAAAUAAAAUAGUCCAUCUUUUAUUUUCUAAAUAUUAA